AGCUUUGUUUUGGUUUCGCAGCGAAAAAAAACAGCAGCGUCGUGAGUUCUUUUCGUUUAUUUACCAAACUCUGCACAAACAAACCAGGGCAUUACGUGUUGCACAGAUGUUUGCGGAUCGCCGGGGCAAUCAAUAAUUGAACGAUAACUCGGCAGUGGAACUCUGCAGCUGGCAGACGAUGGACACAAACGCUGGGGAGUCAGCAUCGCCUCCGUCAAGUAAUGAGGCAGCGGCGGGGUCUCAGUCCCAGAGCGAUGUCUCCGAGGAGGAAGAAUAUCUGGACAACAGCAUCGAACUGAGGGGUUAUCUUAGCAAAUGGACAAACUACAUCUAUGGGUGGCAGCCGCGCUAUAUAGUCCUGAAGGAUGGAACCCUAUCCUACUAUAAAUCCGAAUCCGAGUCGGAUUUCGGGUGCCGCGGAGCCAUCAGCCUAACCAAGGCCACCAUUAAGGCCCACGAGUCAGACGAACUACGGUUUGAUGUGGUGGUCAACAACCUGAAUAACUGGUGCCUGCGGGCGGAGACUAGCGAGGACCGUAUGCACUGGGUGGAAGUUCUGCAGCUGUACAAGGAGGAUACGGGCAGCACGGAUACCACUUCACUGCGGCGCCAUGGCAGCACAAUGAGCCUUCAGUCAAACACCAUUUCGCUGACCAGUGGGGGAAGCCUGAAAAAGACGCAGCGCAACCUGCGCGAAAAGGUUGGCGAACUGGAGACAUUUAAGGAUAUCCUUUUCGGGCAGAUCGAGACGCUGCAGCGAUACUUUGAUGCCUGUUCGGAGGUUAAUAAAAACAAUGUCCAACCUUUAGACCUGGGCGACGGUCUCAAGUCCAUCGAUUUCAAGGGGGAAUCCAUAACGUUUCGGGCCACCACCUCUGGCGUGCUUACCACCCUGCAGCAUUGCCUAGAAAUCAUUGGCGAGAGCGAUGAGUCAUGGAAACGGAAACUGGAUCGUGAAAUAGACAAACGCCGCCGUUCCGAGGACCAGAGCAAAAAGUUCAAGGACGAAAUCGAGAAAAUGAAGCGUCUAUCAUAUCCUGGCCCAGAUUUCGAGGAGGGUCCACAUUCCACAUUGCCCGAAGAUGAGUUCUUCGAUGCGGUUGAAACGGGCCUGGACAAAAUCGAGGAGGACAUGCAACUGCGCUUCAAGCUAAAGCUGCAGUCACAGAUCUCCCAGACGCUGGUCAACGUUCCACACGAGGCAGUGGCCGAGGGCGAGGAGGCGCGCGAGGAGUUCGGCACAGGGGCGGAGGCCAUUAGCCAUGCCCUGUGGCCCGAGAUCGAUCGCGUGUGCAAGGAGCAGCUGCACUACGCACGCGAGGGCGUUGGCCAGGACGGAAAUGGCUGGCAAAUCUUUGCCGACGAAGGGGAGAUCAAAAUGUACAAACGCGAGGAGGAGGUCAACGGGCUAGUCAUGGAUCCCCUGAAGGCCUAUCAUACGGUACAGGGCGUGACGGCCAGGGAAAUGUGCCAUUACUUCUUCAUGCCCGAGUUCCGGAACGACUGGGAAACCACCUUGGAGGACUGCACAAUUCUUGAGAAAAUCUCGGCGGACACCCUGCUCUUUCUGCAAACCCACAAGAGAAUAUGGCCGGCGAGCCAGCGGGAUGCGCAAUUCUGGUCGCACAUGCGCAAGAUCACCGACAACCUGGAACCGGGAGCUCGGGACAUGUGGGUUGUUUGCAAUAACUCAACAGAGUACGCCAAGCAGGAGUCCAAAAAUGGAAAGUGCGUGAGGAUCUUCCUGACUGUCAUCCUGGCCUGCCAGACCCAUCUGCCAGAGGGUUAUGUGAAGGGUCAGCCCCUGAAUCGAAGCGAUUUAACCUGCAAAAUAACCUACUGCUCUGUGGUUAAUCCCGGAGGCUGGGCGCCAGCAAGCGCACUGAGAGCUGUGUACAAGCGAGAGUAUCCCAAGUUUCUGAAACGCUUUACGGGAUACGUAAUAGACCAGUGCAAGGACAAGCCCAUCAUGUUCUGAUAUCUGCCAUAAGCAACAAAGCAAAAAAGCAAUCAAAACCAAUCAAAGCUGAAUCACGUCUCACGUAUAAGGCUUGGACUUUAUCCUUAAUAAGCCUCCAGUUUGUGGCCUAAACUAUAUUUGAAAUCCGUUUUGCUACUCCUUUACUUUAAUUUUUAUAUACCAUCGUAACGUUGCGUUGUACUACUUUUGCCCUAGUGUACAAGAGUGUUCUCUAAGCGAAAUGUUAGAAUUCCCUUUUGUAACCGCGUUAAAGCCACUAAGAUAUAAUGUAACCUGUUUAGCCUUAAGUUAUGUGUAAGUGAAACACAAUCAUUGUAUAGCUCUUAGUUCCGAAACUGUCUAUCUGUAAUGUAUAUCUACAUAUAUGAAAAUGCUUUAAAUGCAACAAUUGCAAGAAUGAUAUGAGGGAUAAUUAGUUUUAAGGAAAAGCUUUCCUUUCGGUGUGAAUCUAUAUUAUAUAUCUGCAUACGUACGAGACGAGUAUAUAUAUUUCCAUAUUCCCGCCCAGUAACAUCGGUUUAACUCGACUUUCAAAUGUAAAUAAAUGCGACUUACUGUUAUCUCCCAAUAAAA